GUUGGUGGCAAUGAGUGCAUGAAUUAGCGGUUAAAUCUGAAACUGAAAUCUGAAAGACGAAGACAUGGAUUUGAGUUUUAAAUCAAAAAGGAAUUCGAGAUAUAAAUAUGGUCGGCGCCGAAGUAGAAGCUUAGGAGGCAUUAUUUCUACUGAACUAUGCAAAACUAUUGAUAAUUGUUUGCCUCCUGAAGAGAGGUUAAAACUUUUGAUUGAAAAUGCUCUUAAGACCACUUGUUUGAUAGUUGGAAGAGAAUUUGGUAUUCCUGUUACUUCUGAAGAAGUGAAUGAAAAUAUAUCGAAAUGUCUGACAAACAUAGACUCUGAGCUCAAGGAAAAAGAUCUGUAUAAAACUGCUGUUUUCGGGGAAGAGAGUUUGAAGGAAGAACCAUUGAUAAAUAAUCUUGCAAUGUAUAAUAAAGAAGCUGCCAGGAUGGAUAAAGAAAGUAUGGAAUGGGAUGAGCUCUUAACUAAUGAAAGAAAAGCUUUAAAUGAUGUAAAGAAUCAAACUCCAGCUUAUUCGUUUAAGAAAACUUUAGAUUGCCAAGAAUUGGAAAAAGUGGAUUUCAGAAAACAUACUGAUGAUCUUUCUUUAAUAGUUGAAAGCCAUAAUUUCCAGGUGGAUAAAAUAUCUUCAUCAUGUGAAAAACUUAACAAAUAUAUUGAACUAACAAAUAAAGUAGUUGCUUGCUUAAGCAAAGAAACAAGAGAUAAUUUCUCAAGAAGGAUUGAACACACCCCAAGAAAAUUGAUAAAGAUGUUUAAAAAAUCAUACAAAUAAGAGAGAAAUGCUAUUUUGUUCCCAUUAUUUAAAUGCUGUAACAUUUUAAUUCAUUUUUUGUACUAUAUUAUAUAUAUCACAUUUUUUCUUAUUAAAUAGUGAAAAUAAGAAAUGUAG